AGACCGUCCCCCGCGUUGGCACCAAGAGCCCACGGAGUUCCGUGCCCGGCUCUGAGCCUGGGACUGACAGCCGAGGGCAGGGUGGAGGUCGGGCUCCGGGUAAGAGUGCUCCUAGUGCUCUUAGCCUUUACUCCCAGGGCCGACCAUUCGGGUCCCGUGUGAUCCUCCAGCCGCCCCCGGGGCCGGGACGGCAGGGCGGCGGCGCGAGCGUGGGAGGGGGCUCUAGGACUCUGCCGGCCCCGCCCCGCCCCCUCCGCGGGGACCCGGAGCCUAGCAUGGACCACACUCGGCGCCACAGCCAUGGCGCUCGCCUGCUGCGUGCUGGCUGUGAUUUUAGGGGCAAUGCCCACAGUGGCCGGAGCUGAUCCGGCCUUGCGCUCGCCCCUGCACCGCCCGCAUAUGUCCUCGUCCUCACCGCGUCCCCAACACGCGCACUCUCUUCCCAGCCCGUGGCGGCCACCGAGGACCCCGCGCUUCCCGCUCCCGCCGCGGGUACCGGCUGCCCAGCGCCCUCAGGUCCUCACCGCCCGGCACACUCCCCCGAGGCUCCCACGAGGCUGCGGGGCAGGAGAGCUAUGGGGCAAUACCACCGACCUCGGUGUCCGGUGCCUCCACUGGGCAGAGGUGCCGCCCUUCUUGGAGCGGUCGCCCCCGGCUAGCUGGGCUGAGCUGCGAGGGCAGCCACACAACUUCUGCCGGAGCCCCGACGGCGUGGGCAGACCUUGGUGUUUCUAUCGGGAUGCCCAAGGCAAAGUGGACUGGGGCUACUGCGAUUGUAGUCAAGGCCCAGUGUUGCCUGCCAUUCGCCUUGCUGGUGGGAAUAGCGGGCAUGAAGGUCGCGUGGAACUGUACCAUGCUGGCCAGUGGGGGACCAUCUGUGAUGACCAAUGGGAUGAUGCAGACGCAGAAGUCAUCUGCAGGCAGCUGGGUCUCAGUGGCGUUGCCAAAGCAUGGCGUCACGCACAUUUUGGGGAAGGAUCUGGCCCAAUCUUGUUGGAUGAAGUACGCUGCACUGGCAAUGAGCUGUCAAUUGAGCAGUGUCCAAAGAGCUCGUGGGGAGAGCAUGACUGUGGUCAUAAAGAAGAUGCUGGAGUGUCUUGUGUCCCUCUGACAGAUGGGGUCAUCAGACUUGCAGGAGGGAAAAGCAGUCAUGAAGGUCGCCUGGAGGUAUACUAUAGGGGAAAGUGGGGGACAGUCUGUGAUGACGCCUGGACUGAGAUGAACACAUUUGUGGCUUGCCGACUGCUGGGAUUUAAAUACGGCAAACAGUCCUCUGUAAGCCAUUUUGAAGGCAGCAAUGGGCCCAUAUGGCUGGAUGAAGUCAGCUGCUCAGGGAAAGAAGCCAGCUUCAUUCAGUGUUCCAGGAGCCAGUGGGGAAGGCAUGACUGCAGCCACAGGGAAGAUGUGGGCCUCACCUGCUACCCUGACAGUGAUGGACACAGGCUUUCUCCAGGUUUUCCUAUCAGACUAAUGGAUGGAGAAAAUAAGAAGGAAGGCCGAGUGGAGGUGUUUGUCAACGGCCAGUGGGGAACAAUUUGCGAUGAUGGAUGGACUGAUAAAGAUGCAGCUGUGAUCUGCCGGCAGCUUGGCUAUAAGGGUGCUGCCAGAGCAAGGACCAUGGCUUAUUUUGGGGAAGGAAAGGGACCCAUCCACAUGGACAAUGUGAAGUGCACAGGAAAUGAAAAGUCCUUGGCUGACUGUGUCAAACAAGAUAUCGGAAGGCACAACUGCCGCCACAGUGAAGACGCAGGAGUCAUCUGUGACUAUUAUGAGAAGAAAGCAUCGAGUAAUAGUCAUAAAGAGAUGUUCUCUUCUGGAUGUGGACUGAGAUUAUUGCAUCGUCGACAGAAACGGAUCAUUGGUGGGAACAAUUCUUUAAGGGGUGCUUGGCCUUGGCAGGCUUCCCUUCGGCUGAAGUCGUCCCAUGGAGAUGGCAGGCUGCUGUGCGGAGCAACCCUUCUGAGUAGCUGCUGGGUCCUGACAGCGGCUCACUGUUUCAAAAGGUAUGGUAACAACACAAGGAGCUAUGCAGUUCGAGUUGGGGAUUAUCAUACUCUGGUACCAGAGGAGUUUGAAGAAGAAAUAGGGGUUCAACAGAUAGUGAUUCAUAGGAACUACCGGCCAGACAGCAGUGACUAUGACAUCGCCCUGGUUAGAUUACAAGGACCACGGGAGCAAUGUGCCAGACUAAGCACCCAUGUUUUGCCAGCCUGUUUACCUCUGUGGAAAGAAAGGCCACAGAAAACAGCUUCCAAUUGCCACAUAACAGGAUGGGGAGACACAGGACGUGCUUACUCAAGAACUCUACAACAAGCAGCGGUGCCUUUACUACCCAAGAGGUUUUGUAAAGAGCGUUACAAAGGACUAUUUACAGGGAGAAUGCUCUGUGCUGGAAACCUCCAAGAAAACAACCGUGUAGACAGCUGCCAGGGAGACAGCGGAGGACCACUUAUGUGUGAAAGACCCGAUGAAACCUGGGUUGUAUAUGGGGUGACUUCCUGGGGGUAUGGCUGUGGAAUCAAAGAUACCCCAGGUGUUUAUACUAAAGUCCCUGCCUUUGUACCUUGGAUAAAAAGCAUCACUGGACUGUAAUUUAUGGAAAGCGCAAGGAAUAGUAAAGAAACUCAUAGGAGUAUUCAGUCUCCAUAUUUGGCAUCAAGCCAGGAAAGACAACUGAGAUCUCUCAACCAGCUUGGGACACAGCGUAACACUCAUUCUUGCCUAUUGCAAUCUAAGUUUGGAUUUAUGAGGUGCCCAACUUUGACCUACUAUUUGAAACCAGAUUUUACUAAGACUGGCAUUUCAUACUAACCACCUUAGCGUUUGUUAAAUGACAUCAGAAAGGGACAAUCUUGUAAGCUGGCAGAGAUCAAGUCAUCUACUUAAUUUACUCUCAAAUACUUUAGUAUCAAACAAGCUCUAAGCACGUUUUUAGCCACCUAUAAGCUAUUACCAAAAUUACUUCCCCAGAACACAGCAGGCAACUAUCAAAUUUGAAUUGUACUGUUUUGAACCAUUAAGAAAGCCAUUUACUAGGCCUUUCCAAGAAGCCUACAGGUUUCAAGACAUAAUCCAUUUUAUACUAGGGAAAAAAUACAUACACUGCAAAGAUCUGAGAUGACUGAUUGAUCCCAAGUCUUGAUAAGGCACAUUAGUGUUGCCAGAACCUUCUGAGUACAUUGCCAAAAUGGUGCUGUAUUCACUUUAGGGGCGUGAAGCUUUAACACCUUUCUAAACCCCCAUCCUUACAAAAAGGCUCAGGGAGGUCAAUACAACCAUCUUCCUGUAAAGGUAGUUAUCCAUUGGCUGCCUGUAAUUGGGUUACACCUUACAAAGGCCAGCAACUGAAAGGUUCAGGCAUUAUGCUGGCCUGCCCUGUUACCUGGCAAGAUGCACUCAGGCUAGCCCCGUGUUCUGCGAGAACCACACAGGUGCAAAGAACCCCUUUAAAGGACCGACCCCUGCCCGCUCACGUUUUUACUCUUGUCUUAUUCUCCAUCUCAUCUCUUAGCUCUGCACAUGUCGGUUACCUCACCCCCUUUUCACUCCCUGUCUACCAAUAAACUCCACGUGGGAUC